AUGCGCAGGCAAACAUCCGUGGCCUCGCUCCUGUACGCUCAUCUCUUUCCUAAUCCUGGCCCCUCGGACCCGCCCAAUUUCCAGACCCAUCUGGCGCGCGAUCUCAUUCCAGAGAUUCGCAUCGAAACCGCCACUUUCUACGGCAGUCUGGACAGCAUUGAGGCUCGCUACCCGGGCUUGAACUACUGUCAUGCUCCUCACCGCAUGCGCCUCGGUCGAUUCCCCCAUCAUGCACGCCUGUUCAGCGCCAUCGACUACCUGGCAAUCACAGACCAAGAAGUCAUGGACCUGGUCCGCUGGGAGGGCACCCUGUGGGCAAGACAGAGAUUUGAAAGAGAUGAGAAUAUCAAGGUCAGAGACACGACGGGCGACGGCAUUUCCGAAUGGAUCGACCCGCGCAUACAUCCAAAGCAGAAGCCUUUGAUCCGCGUCCACACAAAGGUCGACGUCACUGAGGGCUGUCAUCCCGUCGACAUGCUCUUGGAUGAUUGUGACCAUCUAGACGGUAUCGAUCAGGAGCUCGAUCCAGAAAAUGACCAUGCCGACGAAGAACAUGACGACGACGAUAACGACGAUGAAGAUGUCGGCGACAACAUCCAAAGCAUCGGCCACGAGUUGAAUCGCCGUCUUCUAGCUGCCAUUGCUGCCCGACAGCAAGGUCUCAACGUCGAGAUGGAUCCAGAAUUUGAAGCCUACCUGAAAGAGCUGGUCGAAAGCGGCCAUCUGCUAGCCACGUCACGUCCUGUUGAUGGUCCCAUGAGUCGCUCUGACACUUCGUCGCCGGUUUCUCGCCUUGCGGCCACGUCUACUAUUGUCCCCGGUAUUGCUCCUUCUACCACCGCUGCAGCCGCCACUCUUCGGCAGCCAACUGCGUGA